AUGCCUGUGGCUAUUGAUGUUGGCCAACGUGUACUCGUCUAUAAUCCUUCACACGGGUGGACAUUAGCAUAUUUUGUCACUGCACAACAAACAAAUGAUAAUAAACUUCAAAUAUUAACAUGUCGUUUAUCAAAUUGUCAUCAUAAAGCAACAUCACAAGAUCAUUAUCGUUAUCCACCAGAACGUGUAGCUUUACAUGAUACAAUUACUAAUAAUCUUAAUGUUGGUACACGUGUACUCUGUAUGCCAAGUGGUGAUGCUGAUACAUCAAGAUAUAUUGAUAAACCAUUACGUGGUAUUAUAGCUGAACAACCAUCAUUCAAUAAUAAUCAACGUUAUUUAAUAUUUGCUGAUAAUGAUUCACCAUUUUAUUUACGUUCAAUAGCAAUACAUUUAUUAUUGGAAUCAUUAUCAAAUUAUUUAUCAAAAGUUGAUUUAGGUACAAAACAUUAUAUUGAAAAUUAUAUUUUAGCAUAUCCUAAACGACGUCUUGUUAAUAUAUCAUCUAAAGACCAUAUUAAUAUUGAAUUAAAUGGACAAUGGAUUGAUGCUAUUGUAUCAAAAGUUGAAUGUAGUCUUAUACGUGUUUUUCUUCCAUUAUUAAAUAAACAUGAAUGGCUUUAUCGUGGUUCAUUAAGACUUCAACCAUUAUUUAAUACAUUAUCAUCAUAUGAACCACCAUGUAAACGUUUAGCUAUAAAUAAAGAUAUUAAAAUUGAUAAUAAAUGUCAUUUUCUUUUAAUACCAUUAAAUCAAGGAUGGAAAAGACAAAUACGUAAUGAUUUAGGUACAAUUGUAUAUAUAUCACCAUGUGGACAAAUGUUUACUGAUGCUGAACGUUUACAAACAUAUUUAUUUCAAAUUGAUUCAUUAUUAAAUAUAAAACAAUUUUCAUUUGAUAUGAAUUGUCGUGUAACACAAAAAUUUAUUUCACCAAAAAAAUCUUUUAUACAAAUAGAUGAUUAUUCAUAUGAACAUGAAAAAGUACCCUUAAUAUUAGUUAAUGAAUAUGAUACAACAUUACCAAAAACAUUUGAAUAUAUUACAGAUCGUAUACCAUUAACAUCUGACAUAAUUAUUGAUAAAACAACAAUACAAGGUUGUUCAUGUUUAGAUGGUUGUUUAGAUACAUUAAAAUGUGCUUGUUGGAAAAAAACUUAUGAUGCUAUUAUUGAUUCACAUUAUUAUGAAGAUUUAAUUCGUGAAUUAAAAGAAUUAUUUGAUGAUGAUUUAGAUAAUAUGAGAUUAUAUCUUUAUGAUGCUUUAUCUAAAAGAAAUUUUGGUUAUAAACAUGGACGAUUAUUAGAAAAGAUUCAUUCAGGUAUUUAUGAAUGUAAUGGAAAAUGUAAAUGUGAUUCACGAUGUACAAAUCGAUGUGUUCAAUUUGGUUUGAAUACUCUUCUUCAAAUUUAUAAUACAUGUGAAAAAGGUUGGGGUGUAAGAACACUUUACGAUUUACCAGCAGGAACAUUUUUAAGUUUUUAUGCUGGUGAAAUACUUAAUGAUGAAGAUGCUAAUCGACGUGGUGUACAAAAAAAUAUGGGUGAUGUAUAUUUUACAGCAUUAGAUUUUGUUGCAUCAUUAAAUCCAUCAUCAAGGAAACCAAGACCAAUGAUGAAUAUGAAUAAUGUUAAUCAUGUUGAAAAUGUGAAUAUAAAUUCUGAAAUACAACAGCAUAAUGGAAAUGGUCAUACAUAUUUUGAAGAAGAAAAUAUUCCAAUAGAAAAAACAAAAGCAUUUCUUGAAUAUCAACAAGCUAAUUAUGAUCCAGGUAUAUUUGUUAUGGAUGCACAUUUAAAAGGAAAUGUUUCAAGAUUUUAUAAUCAUUCAUGUUCACCAAAUGUUUUUGUUCAAAAUGUCUUUAUUGAAUCAUGGGAUGUACGAUUUCCUUGGGUAGCAUUUUUUACAGCAACGAAUAUAAAAGCUGGUACAGAACUUGUUUGGGAUUAUUCUUAUGAAGUUGAUACGGUAGAAAAUCGUGUUUUACAUUGUCGUUGUGGUUCAGAUGAAUGUCGUCAUCGAUUACUUUAA